GCAUGAUGAUGUACAAAUCUGCGAAUCUGCGCCCGAGACCACAGCACUGGCAUGAUACUGAGGCGGUUGAAAGUCGCCAUUUUUCCUCAGAACAGUAGCUAGCUAACUGUAGCGGCAGCGCUAUCGUAUAGAUAUAGUAUACAAAAAGUCCUAUGCAGCGUUAUGUUUGAUAUUUAGAUUAUUUCCAUAGUACUAAACGGUGUUUUACGCAUUUUAAAUGAACUAACAAUGUCUGCGGAAGGAACCUCCGACCAGGCUGCAGAGUAUAUCCCAGAGAAAGUGAAGAAAGCGGAAAAGAAGUUGGAAGAAAACCCAUAUGACCUUGACGCGUGGAGCAUACUGAUUCGAGAAGCACAGAACCAACCUAUAGACAAAGCAAGGAAGACGUAUGAGCGACUUGUCGCCCAGUUCCCAAGUUCUGGCAGAUUCUGGAAGCUAUACAUUGAAGCUGAGAUCAAGGCUAAAAACUAUGACAAAGUUGAAAAGCUGUUUCAGAGGUGUCUCAUGAAAGUGCUUCACAUCGAUCUGUGGAAGUGCUACCUUUCUUACGUCCGCGAGACCAAGGGCAAGCUGCCAAGCUACAAAGAGAAGAUGGCACAAGCCUAUGAUUUCGCCUUGGACAAGAUCGGUAUGGAGAUCAUGUCAUAUCAGAUAUGGGUGGACUACAUAAACUUCCUAAAAGGAGUCGAGGCGGUGGGCUCGUACGCGGAGAACCAGCGAAUCACAGCCGUGCGCCGGGUCUACCAGAGGGGCUGCGUCAACCCCAUGAUCAACAUCGAGCAGCUGUGGAGGGACUACAGCAAGUACGAGGAGGGGAUCAAUGUGCAUCUGGCUAAGAAAAUGAUCGAAGACCGCAGCAGGGACUACAUGAACGCCAGGAGAGUGGCAAAGGAGUACGAGACGGUGAUGAAGGGCCUGGACAGGAACGCCCCGUCGGUGCCCCCCCAGAACUCCCCCCAGGAAGCGCAGCAGGUGGAGAUGUGGAAGAAGUACAUCCAGUGGGAGAAGAGCAACCCGCUGCGAACGGAGGACCAGACCCUCAUCACCAAGAGAGUCAUGUUUGCCUACGAACAGUGCCUGCUGGUCCUGGGACAUCACCCUGACGUCUGGUACGAGGCCGCGCAGUACCUGGAGCAGUCCAGCAAACUGCUGGCUGAAAAGGGGGACAUGAACAACGCCAAGCUGUUCAGCGACGAGGCGGCCAACAUCUACGAGCGCGCCAUCGGAACCCUGCUGAGGAAGAACAUGCUGCUCCACUUCUCCUUCGCCGACUACGAGGAGAGUCGAAUGAAGCACGAGAAGGUGCACAGCAUAUACAACCGUCUCCUGGCCAUAGAAGACAUUGACCCAACGCUGGUUUACAUCCAGUACAUGAAGUUCGCGAGGAGAGCCGAGGGGAUCAAGUCGGGCCGGACCAUCUUCAAGAAGGCCCGGGAGGACGCGCGGACGCGCCACCACGUCUACGUGUCGGCCGCCCUGAUGGAGUACUACUGCAGCAAGGACAAAUCAGUGGCCUUUAAGAUAUUUGAACUUGGCCUAAAGAAAUACGGAGAUGUUCCAGAGUAUAUACUGGCAUACAUUGAUUAUCUUUCUCACCUUAAUGAGGACAACAACACCCGGGUUCUGUUCGAGAGGGUUCUGACAUCGGGGAGCCUGUCACCGGAGAAAUCCGGGGAGAUUUGGGCCCGCUUCCUGGCCUUUGAAAGCAACAUCGGCGACCUGGCCAGCAUCCUGAAAGUGGAGAGGCGGAGGUUCAUGGCCUUCAAAGAGGAGUACGAAGGGAAGGAGACGGCCCUGCUGGUGGACAGAUACAAGUUCAUGGACCUCUACCCCUGCUCCGGCAGCGAGCUCAAAGCCCUGGGCUACAAGGACGUGUCCCGGGCCAAACUGGCGGCGCUAAUCCCGGAGACGGUGGUCGCCCCAUCUGCGCCCGCGCUGAAAGACGAGGCGGACAGAAAGCCGGAGUACCCCAAACCCGACACCAAUCAGAUGAUCCCCUUCCAGCCCCGCCACUUGGCCCCUCCAGGACUCCACCCUGUUCCAGGGGGGGUAUUCCCUGUUCCCCCUGCUGCUGUGGUCCUCAUGAAGCUGCUGCCCCCGCCCACCUGCUUCACGGGUCCCUUCGUGCAGGUGGAUGAGUUGAUGGAGACUUUCAGAAGGUGCACACUUCCAGAAACGAUGGACGUUGCCUUGGAGAUGAUCGCGGGGAGGCAGCCGGAGUCGGCCGGCGAGGGGAACGGCCCGACGGAGAACAACGGCGCGCCCAGCAAGUCCCUGAAGAGGCCCAGCGCCGACUCCGACGAGGAGGAGGACAAGAGCGCCAUCGCGCCCCCCGUGCACGACAUCUACCGGGCGCGGCAGCAGAAGAGGAUCCGGUGAGCCCCCCCCCCACUCCUUGAACCCAACCAAACCCGCCCCACCCCACCCAGCCCCACGCGCCCAGAACAUGCAGUGCCCCUCUCUGUGACUGGAAAGAACCUACCGCUCCCUCUCCCCCCCGUGAGAAUCAUCAUCCGCACAAGACCCAGUCCUCCUUAAUGAGAGCUGCUCCGCUGUGCCAAAGUGCCAGACGCGCCCUGUGAUGAGCAUGCUCUCUGCGGCCGGUCCUCUGGGCCGACGGCUCCCACUUCCAGCAGGCAGAGGUCAUAACAGGUUCGCACGAACUUGUGAGUGAGCCUGAUCCAGCCUCUGUUCCCGUGCCCGCACAUCGACAGUCUCGCUGUUUUUGUCCUUAGAAAACAUUCUCAUUUAUAAACUGCGUGGCCUGAAAAACAUCGUUCCCAUUCGAAACCUCGAUUUGACUCAAUGGUGCACAUUUGCCAUAGGUAUUUCUGAUACGUGUGGCAAAGUUGAUUCAUCGUGCUUUGCAGUCAAGCGCAUUUCCUUUUAAUAAAACGGGCGAAAUUGUGGUG